AUAUAAUUGGAACCCUACCUGAAGAACUAGCAUUCAUUAUAGACUAUAGUACACCACCUCUCUGCCCUUGCUGAAUAUGCAUUUCUCUCUACGGUGGGCAUGCAUUUGGAAUUGCAUAUAGAGGUAGUGUUGUGAAAAGACUAAGCUCCACAAACAAAACAAUACAUGUAUGAUAAGGAACCGUCGUGCCGUGCAAGCGUGUUCCACUAGAGUCACUAAGUUCAAACUAUUGUGUCCCCAUUGAAAUAAAAUGCAGUCUUACAUGUGGUUUUUCAUGUCUCAUUUCAAUAGGCCAUGUAUUUGGCUUCAAGUGCAUAGGCCCUAUGUCCACUUUCGGGCUUCAACUGUUGCUAGCUAAAGCUAAUCAUCUACCCACUAAUUUGACAUGCAUUCUCAUGGUUUGCCAUGUGUAUAUAUAUAGAUGGUUUCUCUUUCACUCCAACUCAAACUUCUCAACAAGAAAGUGAAGCUCAAUUCAAGUCAAAAGAGGAAAGAACAAAGAGAGUUUACUAUUCAUCACCAAUAUGGGCUCAGCUGUGAUAGAUAUUCCAGAUGGAGAGGGAGUUGGAGUUACUCUUAAAGAGAAGAAGAAAUUUCAAUUUUCUCUUCAACCCAUUAUUUCCUAUCUAAGAGAAAACAAUAAGAAGAUCCAAUUUUCUCUUCCUCCCAUUGUUUCCUACCUUAGAGAAAAGAAAACUAAGCAUGACAUGAGAAGAAUUAUUCACAGUACCAAAGUAGGAGUUGCCCUUGUUUUGGUUUCACUUCUCUUCCUCUUGGAUCCUAUUUAUGUUCAAGUUGGAGAUAAUGCCAUGUGGGCUAUAAUGACUGUUGUGGUCAUCUUUGAGUUCUAUGCAGGUGCUACACUAAGCAAGGGUUUGAACCGUGGAAUGGGAACCAUAUUAGGAGGUGGGCUAGGGUGUUUAGCAGCAACUUUAGCUCAAGAAGUUGGUGGGAAGAUUGGUCACGCAAUUGUUGUUGGCAUUUUUGUUUUUAUUUUUGCUGCAGCAGCAACAUAUGCACGAUUAGUCCCAAGAAUUAAGAAGAGAUAUGACUACGGGGCCUUGAUUUUCAUCCUCACCUUCAAUCUAGUUGUGGUAUCGGGUGUACGUGCUGUAAAGGUCUUGCAAAUAGCACGCGAACGUCUCUUAACAAUCGGGAUGGGUUUUGCCAUCUGCAUUUUCAUAAGCUUGCUCAUCUUCCCAAUAUGGGCUAGUGAUGAACUUCAUGACUCUAUAGCAUCCAAAUUUGAAGACCUUGCGCGAUCUAUUGAAGGAUGCAUGGAAGAAUACUUCGGUAUUGUGGACGAAAAAGAAAGUCAGCCCAGUGCCAAAAAUUCUAGUAGUUGCAAAUCUGUCUUAUACUCCAAGUCGAAGGAUGAGUCAUUGGCAAAUUUUGCAAAAUGGGAGCCAUGGCAUGGAAAAUUUGGGCUUUACUACCCUUGGGGAAGAUAUCUGCAGAUGGGAGAGCAUCUUAGAGAGCUGACAGCAACCAUCAUUUCAAUGGAAGGCUGUCUUCAAUCUCCUAGACAGCCCUCGACAACUCUGAGACACUUGUUCAAAGAACCAUGCGAAGCAGUUGUCUCAUUACUUGCAAGCACUCUAAGAGAGCUUGGAGAGAGUAUCUUGAAAAUGAGAGUAUGCCAUGCAGAGAAAAUAGUGCCAAAGUUGAAGUCAAAGAGACUAGAGUUGAGCUUGGUCAUUUCUCCCUCAAAGCUAGCAACUAUAGAGAAUGGUGAAGGAUAUACAAUAGCAACCUUUAUGUUCUUAUUGAUGGAGAUGGUGAAAAAGGUGGAAGAACUGGCAAAAGAGGUGGAAGAACUUGGAGAACCUGCUGGUUUUAGUACUUAUUAGCUUUAAUUUAUUGCUCCCUCUAAUCUAUGAGCAGUUGCUGUACACAACCAUUUGCCACUUUUUUUUGGCUUUGGUAUAUACAUAUAUGUUUUUUGGGAAAGAAGAAAAAGAAAUGGGGGUGGUGUUUAUAGGAAAUGACUAUAUAAUCAGGGUUGUUUG